AUGGGCGGCAACGAGGUGGAAGAGGUGGUCCUGAGGCCGACCACGCCCGAAGAAGCGCGCCAAGAUGCCGAAAAGGCGCCGAUCCAGGAAAAGGUCGUCUCCGGCAGCGAGGCCUUUCACGAGGCGCUCCUCAAGGAGCCGCCGCGGCCGUGGGCGCCGCGCAUGGUCAUGGUCUACCUCUUCUCCGUCGUCGGCUUUCUGUGCUCAACCAUGAACGGCUAUGACGCCUCGCUCAUCAACAACCUGCUGCAGAACCACGACUUUCAGGCGACGCACGACGUGGGCCGCGACGGUCUCGGCGCGGGCAUCGUCGCCGCCAUGUACCAGAUUGGCGGCGUCGCCGUACUGCCCCUCGUCGGCCCCGUCAUCGACCGCUUCGGCCGCCGCGCCGGCAUGGCCCUCGGUGCCGCCCUCGUCAUCAUCGGCACCGUCGUCCAGGGCACCUCCACCUCGUCCCCGCACCGCGACGGUCUCGGCCAGUUCAUGGGCGGUCGCUUCCUGCUUGGCUUCGGCGUCGGCCUCGCCGCGUCAGCCGGCCCCAUGUACGUCGUCGAGAUCAACCACCCGGCAUAUCGCGGCGUUGUUGGCGCCAUCUACAACUGCCUAUGGCUCGCCGGUGCCAUUCUCGCCGCUGGUGCCGCCCGCGGCAGCCUCGCCGUCUCCGCCGCCUUUUCCUGGCGCCUCAUCACCUGGCUGCAGUGCCUCUUCGCCGGCGUCGUCCUGGUCCUGUGCCCGCUGCUGCCCGAGUCCCCGCGCUGGCUGUACGUCCACGGAGCGCCGGACAAAGCCCGCUCUUUUCUUGUCCGCUACCACGGCGUCGGCGACGAGGCGUCUGUGUGGCCCGCCCUGCAGAUGCGCGAGUACGAGGCGGCGCUGCGGCUCGACGGCGCCGACAAGCGCUGGUACGACUACAGCGCUCUCUUCCGCGACCGCCCCGCCGCGUACCGCCUCGUCUGUAGCAUCUCCGUCGCCGCGCUCGCCCAGUGGCUCGGCAACGCCGUCCUCAGCUACUUUCUCGGCUCCGUCCUCUACAAUGCCGGCUACACGGAGCCCAUCCAGCAGAGCAACAUUACCCUCAUCAACAAUGUCAUACAGUUUGUGUGCGCCUGCUGCGGCGCCGUGCUUGUGGACCGCGUCGGCCGUCGGCCACUUCUCCUCUUUUCCUUUUCGGCCUGCACUGUCGUAUGGCUCGGCAUGACGAUUGCCUCGUCGCGGUUCGCCGCUUCCUAUGCCGGCGAGACGGCCAACGGCGUCCCCAUCUACACGGACGCGAAUGCGUCCCGCGCAUGCCUCGCCAUGAUCUUUCUUUUUGGCGCCGUCUUUUCCAUAGGCGUCACACCUCUCCAAGGGCUUUACAUUGUCGAGGUGCUGUCCUUUGAGCAACGCGCCAAAGGUAUGGCCUUUGGCAAUCUUGCCGUCAACGCGGCCAGCCUUCUCAACCAGUUUGCCUGGCCAGUGAGCAUGGCCAAGAUUGGAUGGCGCACAUACAUCAUCUUUAUCAUUUGGGACGCCAUCAUGACCGUCUGGGUAUAUUUUGUCUUGCCCGAAACCAAGGGCCGAACGCUCGAAGAAUUGGACGAGAUUUUUGCAGCCAAAAAUCCAGUCAAAGUAUCGAUUGCGAAGAAGAAGCUCACUGUCACGCAGCAAGGCGACGUUGUAAAAGUCGCGGAAGCAUGA